GAUAGUGUUACUAGUGACCUUGGUAGUUGCUAGUAUCUGAACGCAUACAUUGUUUCUCCGAAAAUAUCAGAUACUACCCCAUCCUUUGUUUCUCUCAUUCACAUUCAUGGCUUCUGGGCUUCCAGAUCUUGGAUAAUAUUUUGUACCAGCUGCGUCUGGAGGGGAGCUACAGAAAUUUUGGUUAGGGGCAUGGAACCUAUGUGUGAGUUUUGUUGGGCUGUGAGAGCUGUGGUAUACUGCAAGUCAGAUUCUGCUCGUCUCUGCUUGCAUUGCGAUGGUUGUGUGCACUCUGCAAAUUCUCUGUCUCGCAGGCAUUCGCGUUCUCUCCUUUGUGAUAAGUGCAAUUCCCAGCCAGCAAUGAUAAGAUGCAUGGAUCAUAAGUUGUCCUCGUGUCAAGUUUGUGACUGGAACCCGAAUGAUUGUUCUGCAGUGGGACAUAGGCGUCUCACACUGAAUUGUUACUCUGGUUGUCCUUCUUUGACUGAGUUUUCUAGGAUGUGGUCCUUUGUUUUUGAAGUUAGUUCUUCACAAGGUGGUUGGGAAUCUGUUAGCACUUUGCCAAAAAGUGAGAGCUGCACUAGCCUGGAGCAACCUGAUCACAAUGGUGGUUCCUUUGGUUUGGUGAGUGAGAAGUUGGAUGAAAUUGAAUCUUGUGUCAGAUAUGAACCUUGGAUGGGGCAAUCUCACAUCAUUCCUUCAAAUCCAAAUUACACACCGUACGGCAAAGAAGACGGAUUUUUCCUGGCUCAGGACUCAAACCAGCCAAAGCCGCAGGAGUGUACUGAUCGAGGAACUGGUGAUGGGAAUGUACUCUCUGAAGGUCUCAAUGUGGACAGCGGUCCAAUAAAUUUUGAAAGUGCUGAUGAAAUAUUUGGCUGUUCACAAGCUGCCACAAGAUACCCUCUUGAAGAUGGAGGAAUGGACUGUCUGUUGAUGGAUAAAAAACUAUCAGUCACCGAAUCCAGCUCACUUAUUGAGAGUGCCUUAGAGGCAUCAUCAUCAAUUCAACAAGAUUGUGUGGCUUUUCAGUCAUCUAGGACUGGUGGAUCAGUUAGUAUGUUGCCGGUUAUGAACAGUAACACAAACUGUGCACUUAUGAAUCCUAGCAGCACUGGCAACAUCAGUCUGGGAUUUCCUCAGGGUCAAGUUCAUUCAAGCAUACCUCUUCAAUUAGGCAACAUUGUGGGUGAAAAUAGUUCUACUGAAUAUCAAGACUGCGGGAUAUCGGCAAUGUUUUUGCCGGGUGAAAUCCCCUGGGAAUCAAAUUUGGAGGGUACAUGCCCACAAGCAAGGGAUAAGGCUAAAAUGAGAUACAAUGAGAAAAAGAAAACUCGAACGUAUGCACCCUUAAUUCUCUACAUAUUUUAUGGUUUGGUAAGCAAAUAAGAUAUGCAUCUCGCAAAGCAAGGGCUGAUACAAGAAAACGUGUGAAAGGUAGAUUUGUUAAAGCAGGCGAAGCAUAUGAUUAUGACCCUCUUGUGACAAGGGAGGUCUAAGAAUAUUAUCUGCAUGAAAGAUAUGCUUUUUCUGACUGGUUAGUCUGUCAUUGAACGCUAUAGAUAAUUUAUUCAAAACUUGACUGCUUGGGUGAUUGGUACAGAUCUAUUAGAGAUUUUAACAGGAACAAAGAAGAGCCCAACGUUUGAACAGAUUACAAAAACAGCAUCACGGUCACUAUGAAUUCAGAUAAACACACAGGGCCUGCAUUUUCUUCCUUGCUGUGAGAUGUAUAUAGUUAUCCACACCUGAAUUUGAAAGGUGAGACUAUGUGUAAUGUAUAAACACCGUCUACAAUAAAACGGAAACUGGUGUUUGGCAAGCAACUAUAGCCAACCGCACAUUGUCUGCUUUCAGUUUGGUCCUUCCUCAAAGAGAUCCUUCACACGACAAUAUUCUGUCAUCCUAAGCCAUUGUUCAAGAACAACACCUAUCAAAAAAAUGGUUCAAGAACAAAAAAUAUGGUUCAAGAAGAACAACUAUCAAAAAUAAUGGUUCAAGAACAAAAAACAUGGUUCAAGAACAACAC